UUUCACGAUGCCAAACUCAAGUUCGCCUCUUCCUCUUCUCGCGCUAGAGCCAGAGCUCGAGCUCCCUGCGCCAGAGGCGCCACCCGCCAUCGCCAUGGCCGCGGAGCUCGGCUCGUCGUGGCAUCGCCCCCUUCGAUUCCUUUUUCCCCAAAUUAAACCCCCAGCAGCCUUCCUCGCCUCCCCACGAGCCUCCCAGGGCCGGCCGCCCCUCCUAAUCGCCGCCGGCGAGCUGCCGCCACGGCACCCCAUGGCCGCCGUCGCACUGCUCCCGUGGAGCUCCCCUGUCCGACCCUCCUACACCACAACCGAGCCCCCAGACCGCUUCAACUCGCCCCCAGGAAGCUCCCCGACCCCUCCACCACCGCCCCAAGCCACCGGAACACCGCCGCCGUUGCACAGACCCGCCGCCGCCCAUUGCUUCACGCCGGCGAGCCCCGUCCGGCCAUCCCCGCGAGCCCCGAGACCACCCACAGGUACGAUAGAUGAACCACGUGAAGGAUGUGAUGUUGGAGUCGAGCCAGAAGACGGUGAAUGGUGGACACAUCCAGAAGAUGGACGGAUGGAUCCCGAUGUACACGACCGAAAGAAGAUGUUCGCCGAGCAGUUGUUCUUUAACUAACACUGACCUAGUGUUAAUUCCAGGCAAGCCCCGGAGCAUGUCCAACUAUUUUAAAUUUAUGCAACUUAUUGUUGUUCCUA